AUGCCUAUGAUGAAAGAAGCUUCUUGCUGGAGUAUUAGGAAUGGGGAGACAACAAGAUUCUGGAGACACCCUUGGAUCGAGAAUGGACUAAUCCUAGAGGACUACUUGAUCAAAGAAAUCACAAAAGAGGAAAGGAGUCUCUUGUGUCUCACUGGGUUACGGAAGGAGUUGAGUGGAAUUGGGAAAGGCUUAAAAUCCUCCUCCCUGAUGACAUCCUCUUGCUAA